CUCUCCCCAAGGCCACAGCCAAUCAGCGCGCGUGCCCUGGCACCUGCGUCUCCUGCGUCAAGACGGCCGGGACGAGCGAAUGCAGGCGCCGGGCGAGCUGGGAGCGAUUUAAAACGCCUUGGAUUCCCGGGGCCUGGGUGGGGAGAGCGAGCUGGGUGCCCCCUGUAUCCCCCACCCCCGGCACCCCAUGAGCCGACCCGCGGCCCCAUGGAGCCCCGCAAUUAUGCCACCUUGGACGGGGCCAAGGACAUGGAUGACUUGCCCGGGGCGGGAGGGAGUCGGAAUCUAGUCGCCCACUCCCCACUGACUAGCCACCCAGCAGCGGCGCCUACGCUGAUGCCCGCCGUCAGCUAUGCCCCCCUGGACCUGCCGGGCUCUGCGGAACCGCCAAAGCAGUGCCACCCUUGCCCCGGGGUGCCCCAGGGGGCGGCCCCGGCUCCGGUGCCUUACAGCUACUUUGGAGGCGGGUACUACUCCUGCCGAGUGUCCCGGAGCUCGCUGAAACCCUGUGCCCAGGCGGCCACCCUAGCAGCCUACCCCGCCGAGACUGCCACGGCCGGGGAGGAGUACCCCAGCCGCCCCACCGAGUUUGCCUUCUAUCCGGGGUACUCGGGACCCUACCAGCCUAUGGCCAGUUACCUGGAUGUGUCGGUGGUGCAGACUCUGGGGGCCCCCGGGGAGCCUCGCCACGACUCCCUGCUGCCUGUGGACAGUUACCAGUCCUGGGCCCUCACCGGGGGCUGGAACAGCCAGAUGUGUUGCCAGGGAGAACAGAACCCGCCAGGGCCCUUCUGGAAGGCAGCAUUUGCAGAUACAAGCGCGCAGCACCCUCCAGAAGGCUGCGCCUUCCGACGGGGCCGAAAGAAGCGCAUUCCGUACAGCAAGGGGCAGUUGCGCGAGUUGGAGCGCGAGUUUUCCGCUAACAAGUUCAUUACCAAGGACAAGAGGCGCAAGAUCUCCGCGGCCACCAGCCUCUCAGAGCGCCAGAUCACCAUCUGGUUUCAGAACCGCCGGGUUAAGGAGAAGAAAGUCCUCGCCAAGGUCAAGACCAGCACCACUCCGUGA